UGAAGACGUCCGCACCGGCCGCUGUUUCAGAGGUACCCCCGCCUACUCCCCCGGCGAGAUCCUGCGCCGCCGUUGACCAUCAUCGCAAGUGCCGAGAGCCUGCCACCCACCUGUUUUUCUGAUGCAUUGGGGAUCAACCUGACGCCAGGAGCUAGCAGUAAAGUAAGUAUUCCGGUUGCCGAUCUAGAUUUAAUUUUCGUUCCGAACUCACAUUCGUUUCCAAUCGGCUUGACUCCCCCGGCGGCGGUUCUUGCUCCGGGCGGCGGCGGGCCACCCUGUCUCCUUUGCGGCAGCUUGUUGUUCCUUCUCUGGAGAGGGGACGACAGAUUUGUGAUAGCAUACUAGUUUGUUGUUUCGGCUGUUGCUCAAUUGUUUAGUUAGUCCUUCAAUUUUCUGGCUGUUAGUUUAGCUAAUAGAUAUGGAAUUGUGUUUGUUAUUUCAACGAUAACGAAAAAUAUCUCACUCCUGCAGCAAUACAAAGGGCAUGCUCAUUGGUCUGGCCGUCACUGCUCAGUACAUUGCAAAUUGAUAACCUCCAUAGGUAGGGACUAUGUACUAGGCUGCAAGGCACAAAAUGGAAUGUAUUGGUGGGACAUUUGGACUCACUUCUUUUAUACAAUAACAGCAAGAACAUGUUUCUCCUCCACUGUUUUUAAGGCGUCGCCUAGGCGACAAGGUGGUUCCCGAUCGCCUUGCUUAAGGCUCGCCUUAGCCCGCCUUAGCCCGCCUAGGCGUCGCCUAGGCGACUGAGCGGCUCCCCAUCGCCUCGCCUCGCCUUACCGCUUUAAAAACCUUGUUCUCCUCUAUGAUUAGAUGUACGAUGCUCAGUGUAAAAUAUUCUACAAGGUGAGAACUUAAUCAUUUGCUGUUGUUUAUUGUUCUGUACGGGUAGAUUUAUGUAAUAGAGGUAGCAGCGAGGAUUGUAAAGCUAAUGAUGGGGGAGCUUGUGGAGAUGCACCGUGAAUUUGUAAGGUACUAUGGGCCAGAUACGGAUGUGUUGCUCAAGUGGAUGGAAGGGGAGAAACUCAAUGAACUCCGGUCAGUGUUGCAAAAGGCAGUGACUGAAGAUGAGGGGAAGGAUUUAACUUCGCUGAUGCCUCUAUACAGUCUAGGAAACAGAAGAAUGCAUGCAGACAAUACAGCCUGUUAAAUAUGGGGAAGAGGUUUGCUUCAAUUGCAUAUGCUGAAAGCCCUAGUUCAGGCUUGGAACUUGGCUGGACAAUAAAAGAUCUCUCAUUCUUGAACGACAUGGAUGGGGAUAAUGAGAUCUGGAUGAACAUGCAAUGGAUGAAACAGACUCUUUUGUUAUGUCGCUACUCAGUGUUGAGAUUUCAGUUUGGUGCUGUGAGAGCUACUCCAAUCCAAUCUUGUGGACAUUUCAACCAAUCCAGGACUUGCCACAAAAGGCCGGCCGUGAGGACUGCUUUGCUGUUGCUGGACUUGCUUUACCGGAGUCGCACGUUCUGGGGCCUGGAAAUGUUUGCUUGCCGGAAAUCGCAUGCGCAGGAGUGCUGUAGCCUGGAGGAGUUCCUUGCUGGCAGAGAUGGCGGGUGGAACAUGCCCAUGUAUAGCUGGAUGAUUAAAUUUAGAGUAGAGUGAUAGAGCGGGUUUCGUACACCAAGUAUCAAUUGGUAUUGGUCAAUCAUGUACGAAUGAAAAACGUAGGCUUUGGAUCAUAAAUGCUGUAAUUUUUUAUGUGAAGGCCAAUGGGUGAAAUCACGAAUCCUAAGGUUUUUAAUCAUAACUCACGUUAUUAUCUCAGUUAAA